AUGAGGCUAAUUUACUUUUUGUUCUUUUUAUUUGGUCUUUUUUCCAAUUCAUUUGUUGGAGCAGACUCUGUUUUAGACUUAGACUUUUACGACUCUGAAAAGGUGUAUCAUUCUUCAUCACUACAAAAUAAUUACUCAGUUGAAGUUUUCCACCCAAACGAAGGCAAAUUUACAGAUGUAACUGCCUUAGGUUCUUCAAUGGUUAGAAACGGUGAUGUAUCGAAGGUUGUCUGCUACUCUGUAAACGGUUUAUGUCAGUUAGUACAGCUUUUCACAGAUUCUUCUGAUGCUCCAUCCGGUUAUUUUGAGAGAUCAACAACAUAUUUUGAAAGCGUUGAAAGUUCAAAAUUUGCAGAUGAUUUGAACAAUCUUAAACUUGGUACCUAUAAACCAAAAUUAUUUUUUCUUUUGAAUCUUACCAACAAAAAUAACCCUAGAGGCCUUUAUUCAGUUGAAGAAAAUGUUGCAGAUGGCGUUGAUACCAAUGUAUUCACCUCUCUUUUCCAACAAAAUCUAGUUUCCGAGUUAUUUUGUGGAGAUGAUAGAGUUUUCAUGUCUCUUACUGAUCACGCUGUGAAAGUAACAGCCAGCAAAAAGGGUGGAGAUUUUGUUUUGCUAAAAGUUGAUACUGUUAAUAAUGAUGUUAGUGGUACAAAAUUUUACACUAAGGAUAACAACGUGUGGCAUCCUGUUGACCUUCCUCGUUACAAUGAACUUCUUAGAUCAUUGCAUCCUGAACCUGCUGUGGAAGAUCUUACAUUGGAUGUAAAUGCACCUGAAGACGGUAAGUACCAUGUUAAAAGGGAGUACGAUAGAGGGUUAACAAGUGUCACAUACAGCCCUCUACCAAGAUUUCACCUUGUUAAUGUAAGGGCUGGUGAUGAAGAUUUAUGGAGUGGUAAAUUUGGUAGAGCCACUGAGGUCCUUUCAGUGCUUUUAAGUGAUCAAGUGGUCUCUGUAAGAGUAACAUCCUUAUUAGCUUCUUACAAAUCGUUUCAUCAUUUCAACAAAGUUGAUGGGAAAUUCGUUGAGGCAACUGAAAAAGAAUUCUGGGACAAUCUAGAAAAACUUCGACAAGCUACAGAGGAAUCCCGAGCUGAACCGGAACAACCCACACCACAUACUCUUGAUUUAUCUAAUCCAAGUGGUGACUUCGAUGUGAAACUCUCAUCAGAACAAGGUGUUACAUAUAAAAGGUUUACUCCCAAAGUUGGAGUUGUUGUUUCAAAGGUGGUUCUUGGCACACAAAAUCUGUGGGACCCUCAAGCUGGUACAACAUUACAAUACGUUAAUGUUUACCUUAAUAAACAAGGACUUCCCUCAGCAUACAUGUUGUAUGCAGUUGGGCCGGGUAACAAAAAGGUAGUUGAUUCCAAGUAUGACGUUGGAAACAAUCUCUGGUGGUUUUUGCACCCUUCACAAUUGAAAGAUCACCUUAAAGGUCUACGUGAUGCUCCAACAUUGGAUCACUCCCUAGAACUUAAUCUUGGGCCGGACGUUGUGUUGGAUCAUACUACGGUUGAUGAAUUUUCUACUCUUGGUGUGGGAACUACUUCUUACACUGCGGAAGACCAAUACUACUUCAGUAAGGUUACUUGGAAUGGUGAACUUGUAUUCGAAAAAACUGAUGGAACUGAACUCUCUCCAGUCAAUGUUAGGUUAUUCAAAGACGCUGGUGGUGAUUAUAAAUUAUUAGAGCUUGGAGGUUUCCUUCCAAACGGAGAAUACAAGACAGAAUAUUUUAAUUGGGAUGGCUCAAAAUUCGCUGCCCUUGACAGUAAAGCCAAAUUCCUUAAGGCUUUUGACGCAUUGAGUGGUUCUGUUGUGUCAGGAGCAUGGUUUUCACCAGAAGAAUCAGUGGAAUCUGGAGAAGAAGCUGGACCUAGUGUUGUUGUUUAUAACCUAGAUACAAGCGAUUUCGAUCCUCAACGUGUUUCACAUGCUGCUGGAGCUGAAAACGGAUAUUAUUUCGAUUCCUACGUUCCAAAAGAUAAUUUCUUAUUUGGUGAUGUCAAGGGUCCAGGCGGUUUCUCCUAUUUGCAUAGGGGUGCUAGAUUUGUAACUCUUGCAAAGUUCUACUCUGUACAUGGAAAGUUUUUGGGCGCCGUUCUCAAAACUGUUGGUUCUUUGUAUCGUACUCAAGAGUUAGUAUAUUACUAUACAUUUGAAAACAACAAAUGGAGUUACAGCACAGAUAAGAAACAUUUCUCUGAAGUGUUGGCUUCUGAACUUAGAUAUUCUCCCGAAAGAAAGGAGGAACAUGAGAGACUUCUUAGGGCUGAAGAAGAUUUCGAGAAAACUAUGGGUAAGGUUAGAGCUAAGGAGGAGAAGGAGAGGAAGAAGGAAUUGGAAAAGCUUGAGAAGGAGGUUAAAAGAGAAGAAGAUGAAGCAAAGAAACGAAUGCUCGACAAGAAAACUUUGCUGUAUACUCACAUGGUGGAUUUGGAUAAAGAGGAACCACCAGAGUUGGAAAAGGUAGAAUUACAUACUCCUGAGGAGUUAGAGCACAUGCAACAACCUUAUGGAGAAGAAAAGUUUGUUGUAGAAUCAGAAUUGGUAUACUAUGACUUUAAAGCCCCCAAAGAUAACACGUUGGUGCACACUAAAGACUUCCAAUCCAAUGGAUUAGAGGCAUUGGAUGCCACUCCUGUAGCAGGUAAAUUCUUCCAUAUUCUAUCACUUAACGGAAGGAGACUUUGGGUCAGUACCUCUACAAGGAGGUGUACAAACCUACAGCUAUUUUUUGAGGAAGGUAAUGUAGUAGGCGCAGUCCUUAGAGUCACAGUCAGCAGAAAUGGCAAACUGAAGGCAGGUGAAGAUUACGACUACUUGUUCGUAACAGAUGGAGAACUAAAGACAGUCGAUGUUGAAGAAUUUAAUAAAUUGGCAAAUGUUAGGUUCCAGUCGGCAGCCCUCGCACAGUUGUCCAAAUUAUGA